AUGUCUCACGGUCAGACGCGCAUGAGUUCGAAUGUUGAGAACGUUUCACAGAAGAAGACCAAAAAUACCACUAAACUGCCGUCGCUUCUUCUACCAUCGAAGAAACUUUGUCGGAAGACAUGGACAUUCAGAAAGAAAGCUAGCGCCUCGUUUCUCGAGACUCCUUGCAGUGGACGCACCGCGAAGGUGCUUCAGGACAAGGAAAAAACUUUAGCAUUCCAUGACGUCCGUCCAUUGAUCACACUUUCGAAGGUUAAUGCUGAAUGCCACGAUGAGUAUGGGCGUACAGCUGCUGGGUACCUUGCUCAAAUGAAAAAGUUUAGUACGUAUCUCGGUCUCAAAAUGUCUCAUUUAAUCUUUGGUGCUGGUGAGCAGCUAUCCAUAUCAUUGCAGGGGAAAGACACAACUUUGCAGGAGGCUACGGCAGCGGCAGAUUUAGCAGUAUGUCAUCUUGAACGGCUGAGGACUGAUGAGAAGUUUCAUUCGUUUUAUGAGGAUGUAGUCAAAUGCUCAAAGAAUCUCACAGCACCACCUUGCCUCCCAAGAUACAGGCGUCCACCACAAAGACUGGAUGAGGCAGGCUUAACUAGCCAUGAAUUUUCUUCCCCUGAAUGUUAUUUCAAGCAGCAGUAUUUUGAAGUGUUAGAUUUGCUGGUUAAUAAACUCAAACGACGGUUCCAGCAGAAGAGAGGUAUGCCUGUGGCAGCUACUAUUGAGAAGCUACCAUUAGAUGCAGUAAAUGGUACGUACACCAUGGAUGGUACUGCUUUACCAGAAGAACUACAACUCUACAAAGAUGACCUUGAUUUAUCUCGACUGAAAUACCAGCUAUCAAUGCUUCCAGAUGUUGUCCAAGUCAGAUAUCGAAAGCUUGAAAACAAUCCACCAAUUACAGAAGUGACAAAUGUAAGAACAAUAUGUUCUAUCAUGGCUGAUAUUUCUCUCCGUAAGGAGAUGCUUUCAGAAGUUGUUCACUUGAUUAAACUUUUCUACACUAUUCCUGUCACCACCUCUACUGCUGAGAGAACAUUUUCAGCACUUAGGAGAUUGAAGACAUAUCUGAGAACCACAAUGAGUCAGGAAAGACUAAAUCAUGCAAUGUCUCUCUAUGUGCACAAGGACAGAACGGAUAACAUAGAUCUAGAUGAAAUUGCAAAUUCCUUUAUAACUGUUAAUGAGAGGAGAAGAAACUUUUUUGGUCAUGUUUAG